AACGCACGUACAAGUGUACCAGCCAUUUUCGUACGUUCGGCAUGUACACAAUGGGGUGAAAACCGUUGGAAUUCAUGCAAUUAAUUUGCACUUUCUAAGAGUCGUCAUUAAUAAGUUUCAGUUUAUUUCAGGAUCGAAAGUGUUACAAACUGCAGGGCCUUUGAGCCGUUGUCUUCCUCCCAUCGGCUGCUGCAGGUGGCAACCGUCUUGAGACGCAUCAAUCAAGGGAUUACUACUCUCUCCAGCAUCGUACAUGCGGUACUGUCUGGCCGGAUGGUAACACACAGACUCUAUAAAAGAGCAGAAUUAUAGAAGUGAUUUUGUCCUGAGGAAAUAAAAGAGAAUGUCGUCAGCGCCGCCGAAGAUGUCUUUAACCCAGCGCUAUCAGACGCUGGAAAACAGGAUCAAAGAUCCAAAGUGUCUCAUCAACUAUGAAGCACUUUUGGAUUCUAUAUGUGCCUUAACGCGGGACUGCGGCAUCCCAGCACUUCGGAAGAGCAAGAAUGUGGAGAACUUCCUAUCAAGAUAUGAACAGAAGGCUGGUGAUAUCACCACCCAUCGGCUAUCAUCUCAUGACUUUCAGAUGAUCAAGGUCAUUGGGAGGGGUGCUUUCGGUGAAGUCAAAGUGGUUCGUGAGAGGACGAGUAAGAAGGUGUAUGCCAUGAAGUGUCUAAGUAAAUUUGAAAUGAUCAAGAGAUCUGAUUCAGCCUUCUAUUGGGAGGAGAGGGAUAUCAUGGCCCAUGCUAAUAGUGAAUGGAUCGUACAGCUCCACUAUGCCUUUCAAGAUGAGAAGUACCUCUACAUGGUGAUGGACUACAUGCCUGGUGGUGACCUGGUCAAUCUCAUGAGUAACUAUGAGAUCCCUGAGAAGUGGGCCAGGUUCUACACCGCCGAAGUGGUCCUGGCGCUAGACGCAAUCCAUUCCAUGGGCUUUAUACACAGAGAUGUGAAACCCGAUAACAUGUUGUUAGAUUCAUCAGGACAUCUCAAGCUAGCAGACUUUGGAACGUGUAUGCGAAUGGAAAGGGAUGGUAUGGUACGAUCAGACACAGCGGUAGGUACACCAGAUUACAUCUCUCCUGAAGUUCUCAAAUCACAGGCUGGUAACGGGCAGUACGGACGAGAAUGUGAUUGGUGGUCAGUAGGAGUUUUCAUCUAUGAAAUGCUCGUUGGUGAUACGCCUUUCUAUGCUGAUUCUCUCGUGGGUACAUACAGUAAGAUCAUGGAUCAUAGGAACUCCUUGGAGUUUCCAGAUGACAUUUCAAUUAGUGGACCCGCCAAAGAUCUUAUAUGCAAGUUUCUAACAGACAGAGAUACAAGGUUAGGGAAGAAUGGCAUUGAUGAAAUCAAGCUGCAUAGAUUCUUCAAGAAUGAUAUGUGGACAUAUGAUAAUAUUAGAAAUACUGUACCUCCUGUCGUUCCCGAACUUAUCAGUGAUGUGGACACGAGUAACUUUGACGAGAUCGAGCCAGAAGACCAUCCCGAAGAGAGCUUUCAGUCGCCCAAGACGUUCGCUGGCAACAAUCUUCCUUUCAUCGGCUUCACCUACAAUAAAUCAAAUAAGCUUUUCACAUCUGUAGAGGGUGGUGUAAAGGAAGCGGAUGGACACGUAUCGGCCCCCAAUGUGGGAGGCAGGGAAUAUGAAGAGAUGAAGAGGAAGACCCACAGCCUUGAGAAGCAGAUAGAGGCCGAGAUGAGGAGAAACAAGGACCUAGACCAGAAGAAUAAACACAUUGCUUCCAAGUUUGAUAGAAUCAAACAAGACCUGGAACUGGAGAACAACGACAAGCUUCAUCUGCAGAACAAACUGAUGGACAAGGAACGAGAGUAUGUUCAACUGAAACACAAGCACACAGAGCUCGCUAGGAGAGCGGAGCAGGAGCAGGAGGGUCGUAAGAGGGUGGAGCGUCAGGUCUCCCACAUCACAGACAUGGAGAGGGAGCUGAAGGAGCUCAAGCUCCGGUCUGAGAAGACCACCAUCCUCGAGAGACAGGUGGAGAACCUCAACAAACAGCUCCAGACGGAGGGCGACCAACACGCAAGGUCCAAGAAGAUGUUCGGUGAUCACCAAAAGAACUAUGCUCAUCUUGAGCAGGAGAUCAGCGAGCUGAGAGAUAAGUACACCCGAGAGCUCAACAAUAAGAUGAUGCUAGACCAGGAGGUGAUCAGGAUGCAGACCCAGCUAGAGGAGGAGCAACGCGGACGAUCACGCAUGGAGGACCUCAAAGCAGAACUAGAGAGGCAAAAUGCUCAGGCAACGCAGGAAAUGAAUCGUCUGAAGCAAGGAGAGAGCCGCUCCAUCGCAACCAUGCAGAACCAUCAAGAGAGCAUCAUUAUCCUUGAAAAGACAAAAGCGAGCUUAGAGUUUGAUCUGAAGGCCUUACAGAACACACAUGAGCAAGGUGUGAAGGAGCACAGGGACGCUAUGGCUGCCGUCAAUGCAGAGAAGAAGAGGAUAACAAGGACUCAAGAAGACGAACUCCAGAAGACGCUGGUCCAGGAGAGAGAGAUGAGGGUCCAGGUGGACAAACAGAACUCUAUCCUAGAGCUAGACCUCAAGCAGGCACAGCAGAAGAUUGAGAGGAUGGAAAACAUGAUUAAGAUGGAGGAACAGAAGACGAAAGAAAAGAUGCUUCAGCUUGAGCAGGAGGAGCAGCGCCAUCGCUUCACCCAGAACGACCUGAAGGCAUCCAAGCAGACGAGCAGCGGCUAUCAGACGGAUAUCAAGAGACUACGCAACGAGCUCAACACCAUCAAGGAGCAAGGCAAGAACUUUGAGGAAGCUCUCGAGAAAUCAAAGAGCAUUGCUUCAUUGAAUGGCUCACAAAUCAGUGAUCUACAAGAGCAGCUUGAAGCAGAACACACUUUCAAUGCUUUGUACAAGAGUCAGAACCAGGUCUUGAGUGAAGAAUUGAUGGAAUCCAAACAAGAAUACCAACAGCUGCAACAAGACUAUCACCAGCUGAGCAACGAAAAAGAAUCUUUGGCAGCUCAACUUGAGCUCACUCUCACCAAAGCCGACUCAGAGCAGCUAGCUAGGACCAUUGCUGAAGACCAGUACACGGACCUGGAACGAGAGAAGACCAUGGUGGAACUGGAGUACAAGGAACAGAUCCAGAGACACAAGUGCACCCUCAACGAUAAGAACAGUCAUCUUAACAAGGAACUUGAGGACGAUAAGACUCAACUGAAUAACAGGAUUAUGACCCUCAAUACAGAGAAAGAUGAACUCAACAAGAAACUCAAGGAAUCCUCGGAAGCACAAGAGGCGAUGGAGACCAAGCACCAGGAGAUGGAGAAACAGAUGGAGCAGAACAAGAAGCUCCUGGGCGAGGAAAAGCUCAAGAAGGAGCAGGCCGUCAGCAAGCUGGCGGAGAUCAUGAACCGGAAGGACUUCAAUCCUUCGUCUCGGAAGGGUAAGAAGGUCAGUCAGGCCGCAAUGAACCAGAAGGAGAAGGAGUGUAGGAAGCUUCAGCAGCAGCUCAACCAGGAGAGGGAUAAGUACAGUCAGAUGGUCAUCAAGUUCACCAAGGAGAAGGAGGAACUCACCGUGCAAUACACAGAGGAGUACUCCAAGCAUUGUGAGCUUCAGCUCGAAUUGGACAGUCGAGACAGUGAGCUUGAGCAGCUCCAGCAGCAGAUCAAGAACCUGACCGCCAUGCAUGCGUCGGAUAGCGCUAGUAUCAACAGUGCAGGAGAGGCAGAGAAUGGCCAGGGUGGUAGACUGGAGGGUUGGCUCUCUCUGCCCGGUAAGAACCUCCGUCGUCAUGGCUGGAAGAAACAUUUUGUUGAAGUGAGCUCCAAGAAGAUCCUCUUCUAUGAGUCAGAGGACCAGAAAGCCCAGAAGAAACCCUACCUUGUGCUAGCAAUAGAUAAACUCUUCCAUGUGCGAGCGGUGACGCAGGGCGAUGUGAUCCGUGCGGAGGCUCGGGAUAUCCCCAGAAUCUUUCAGCUUCUCUAUGCAGGCGAGGGUGAGAACAGAAGGAUGGUCCCAGACGAAGCCAAUGAAAACCCAGGACAGGAUGACGAGGAAGGCACCAUCGUUCACAAGAAUCAUAAAUUCACCGUCGUUCACUUCCACAUGCCUACGACGUGCGAGUGUUGCAGCAAGACCCUCAGUCAUUUAGUCAGGCCUCCACCAGCUUUGGAAUGUAAAUUAUGUCGUCUGAAAGUACAUAAGGAGCAUUACGACAAACAAGAAGAGUUUUGCCCUCCCUGCAAAGUGAACAUUGAUGCGGAGACAGCCAAGCAUAUGUUACUCAUGGCGAACUCUAAGGAGGAACAACAAAGAUGGAUCGGUAAACUUGGUAAACAGAUCCAAGAUAAACGAGUUUCGUUGCCAAGGACUUCCUCUAUCAACUCACCAAGGAACGUUGUGGUAGCGAACCGUCGCGUCAGCCAACCGGCUCGCCUCGCCUCGUCCUCAAGCAUGAACAGAGGGAGGUAGCCACACCCAUCACAUGUCACAUGACCACAUCAUGUGACAGAGCAUGCUUUUUGAGAGUGAGCAAGUGACAAAAAGAAACGAACUAUGACCUACAUGUAGUCCAGAUUUGCAAGUGAUUGCAUUUCAGGAGGAGAAGAAGAAGGAGGAGGAGGAGGAGGCAGCAUCAUCUGAUGUUGUCAUGGUGAUGGUGAUGGUGAUGGUGAUAUCUUGGUUUUCAUGUUGUCCAUUCCAGAUACAUCAGGGCUGUCGAAGGCACCAACCCGUAGCCUCUGCCUUUGCCCCCUGAAGACAUCGCUCAAAGGACAGUAUUCGUUGGGCCAAAGAGAGAAAGAACUUCCUUGUCCGGUUAUAGCCAUUUUGAGAUCUACAUUGUAUAUGUAGCAAGAAAAAUGUCAUUACAGUGUGUUGAGAUUGCCCCUCUGGGAUUGGUCAUGCCAUUGACAUGUAUGGACUCUUCGUUAUUCUUUCAGCGCACCUGCGACGGGCUGAGAGAGGGCGCCCUUCAAAGUCAAGGUCUGUUCACAUUGCCAAAGCAUUUUGUGCUGCACACAACGGUAACGAGAUGCACUCAGUUCUGGUGUGCGUGUGUUAGUUACGCUUGCAAACUUUGAGAAAACUAAGGUGUAAUCUGUCCCCAUGUACAUGCAAGAGCUUGCAAAUGUAUUUAGAUAUGGGGCUUAUUUUGUAACGAUGCUCUCUCUCUCUUUCACAUUUGCUUGUCUGUCUUACAAUGAUGCAUGCAUUUUCUGACAAAAGAGAUUCAUUGUCUAUUAGUAAGCACUGGUGCCUUGAAUAAUACAGUCAUCCCUGUAUAUGAAGGCCACCCAAGGGAAACACAAAAAGUAGCCAUUGUAGACAGGUGGCCUUAUUAGACCGGUACUACAACACCCAUUUUUCUUCUAGAGGGGGGAAAUAUGGGUGACUGCUAUGGCCUAUAUAGAGAGGGGGCUGCCAAGACAGAUCUGACUGUACAUAAAUGGUCUAUUUUAGAACCAACAAAUAUAUUUUUGUUCUUUUGUAGUAAUAAUUUCUUCCCUAUCCCGUUUCGAAAUUAUUGUCACUACAGACCUUUGUUGUGUAAUAUUGGCAUAAAGAAUAAAGUGCAUGGGAUACAUGACUUAUUCUCGAUGGAUGAAAUGAUGAUGAUGCUAUGAUCACUUCUCUGCCAUGGACAGGUGAUCCAGAAACAAGGCACAAUCCCCUUGGAACAAUUUAAACUGUCCCAUGAUUUUUUUUUGCUUUUAUAAUCUCUACCGAUACCAGUGAUCAUGCAUUCUGCUUCCUGCUUUGAUGAAUAGAUUAUAUCUCUUAUGAUAAUAAAUUUUUCCCUGUACAAACAAGCAUAACACAUUCUGCAUGUACAUAUACAUGUUUGGUGUAUUUCAUUGAGGUAUAUACCUAUUAUCCGUCAGAAUUUGGGCACAAGUUCAGAGAUGGACACUUCCUGUAUUUUUUUUCCUUCUUUUUGGUGCAAAUAUGAGAUAUUUGCCUUAAUCUGAGUUCAGAAAGAUCAGUAAUAACCACAAAUUUUUAAUGUUGGUUGUGAAAUAAUUCCCUCUUAUUUAGCUUUUAACUUAUAUUCCUUGCAUCAUUUUAUUGAGUGUAAAUUUAACUGCAUGAGACAAUGCAGAGAGUGUGUGGAUAAUGAAUUCUUAUCAUUAAUGCAUGAAUUGGACAGAAAAAGUCGAGUAUUAUUUAUCUUUUUGUUUUUUUAUCAAGGAUGAAGUAGAGGUAUAAAGAGGCUACUGUGAAUGUAGACGUAUGGAUAGAUUGAUUGUUAGGAAAUGAAAGGGAUGGAUUGAUGGACAGAAAAUAAGGGGAGGAUAUUCAAUAGAAUUUACGUUUGAUUGACAUUUAGAGACCUAUACAUGUAUACAUGUCUUCUCAAAAGUGUUAUACCUGUAGUAUUAUCUUAGGCUAAUUUCAUAAAAUUUGUCAGCAAUGGUGCAUGGUAAGUUUAAAUAAUUGAAUGUCAGAUAUCAAGUACAUGUAGCAGAAGUAUUAAUUGACCAAAAUUGUACAAAAUACAUUUUUCUUCAGAGGGAAAACAAAGAUUGUUGUAAGGACGAAUCCAUGCUUUCCCCUCUUUUUAAAGCACUUUAAUGACAUCGCCUUGACAGAUAUGAAUGUGCCCUCUACCCUUGUCCACAGCCAUCUAAACACAGAGUUUGGCCAACUUGGUUUCAUUUGGGCUCGACAUGGUGUAUUGCCAUAGUGUGCCCAACUUGUACCAGAUUGGCCAAACUCUUUAUAUAAUUGGCCCUGCUUUUGUCUAUUUAUCCAUCUCUGUUUGUUACCAGUACCAGUCAAUCUAUACCCAUACUAGUAUCUCAUAGAGUACCUAUGUAGAAUUUUGUAGUCCAGCAUUUAUUCAUGAAAACAAUUAUUUAGAAUUCUUUGUCUUGAUAUAUAAAGCCAGUACUGAUAAUUAUGUGAAUGAUUUAUAAAUUCGUUUUGUACUAAGAAUGCAUGUUAUUCUAGACCAGACCCAUGUGUGUAUUUGCAUGCUGGUUGUAACCAAUCAAGUCAUGACAAAUUCUCUCUAUUCAGUCAGUUAAUAUGUCUACGAUAUCUUGAAGUGUAUAAUUGAACAAGUGGUGGUUUCAUCUACUCUCCUGAAAGAAAGAAAUAUAUCUUCUCUAGUUAAGUGAAAGUAGAGAUGGGCAUUUAAAAGCAUAUUUUACUUUGCUGUUCUUCCAGAAUCAAACGUGUUAUUCUUGUCUUUCCU